AUGUCUGCGGCUACUACAGAACCCACCAAGGAGAAACCGGUGCAGCCGGUUGAGUCCGACGAAGAGGACGACGACAUCGACGCCCUGAUCGAUGAGUUGCAGUCCAACCACAACCUGGACGAGGAGGACGAGGAAGACGACGUCAAGGUCGCGGCCGGUGAGGCCCGUCCCGUUCCUGAGGAGUUGUUGCAAACCGACCCUUCAUACGGUCUGACCUCCGACGAGGUGACCAAGCGUCGCAAGCGUUACGGUCUCAACCAGAUGGCCGAGGAGUCCGAGUCUCUAAUUGUUAAGUUCCUCGGUUUCUUCAUCGGUCCUAUCCAGUUCGUCAUGGAAGCCGCUGCCAUUCUGGCUGCCGGUCUAGAGGACUGGGUCGAUUUCGGUGUCAUUUUGGGUCUGUUGUUCCUGAACGCCGCUGUUGGUUUCAUUCAAGAAUACCAGGCCGGUUCCAUUGUCGAUGAAUUGAAGAAGUCUUUGGCCAACUCCGCCGUCGUUAUUCGUGACGGUAACUUGGUCGAGAUCCCUGCUAACGAGGUUGUUCCUGGUGACAUCAUGCAGCUAGAGGACGGUACCGUCAUCUGUGCUGAUGGUCGUCUCGUGACUGAGGAGUGUUUCUUGCAGAUUGACCAGUCCGCCAUCACCGGUGAGUCUCUGGCUGUCGACAAGCACUACGGUGACACCACUUUCUCUUCUUCUACUGUCAAGCGUGGUGAGGGUUUCAUGAUUGUCACCGCCACUGGUGACAACACCUUCGUCGGUCGUGCCGCUGCUUUGGUUAACCAGGCUUCUGGUGACCAGGGUCACUUUACUGAGGUUUUGAACGGUAUCGGUACGAUUUUGUUGGUGCUGGUUAUUGUUACCUUGCUGCUUGUCUGGACUGCCUGUUUCUACCGUACCGUGCGUAUCGUCAGAAUCUUGAGAUACACCCUGGGUAUCACCAUUAUCGGUGUCCCAGUCGGUUUGCCAGCUGUCGUUACCACCACCAUGGCUGUCGGUGCUGCCUACCUUGCCAAGAAGCAAGCUAUUGUCCAGAAGUUGUCCGCCAUUGAGUCUCUUGCCGGUGUCGAGAUCUUGUGUUCCGACAAGACCGGUACCUUGACCAAGAACAAGUUGUCUUUGCACGAGCCAUACACCGUCGAGGGUGUUGAACCAGAUGACCUGAUGUUGACCGCUUGUUUGGCCGCUUCCAGAAAGAAGAAGGGUUUGGACGCUAUUGACAAGGCUUUCUUGAAAUCUUUGGCCCAGUACCCAAGAGCCAAGAACGCUUUGACUAAGUACAAGGUUUUGGACUUCCACCCAUUCGACCCCGUUUCCAAGAAGGUCACCGCCGUGGUGGAGUCCCCAGAAGGCGAGAGAAUCAUUUGUGUUAAGGGUGCCCCAUUGUUCGUCCUAAAGACUGUCGAGGAGGACCACCCUAUCCCUGAAGAUGUCCACGAGAACUACGAAAACAAGGUUGCUGAAUUGGCCUCCAGAGGUUUCCGUGCCCUGGGUGUUGCCAGAAAGAGAGGUGAAGGCCACUGGGAAAUCUUGGGUGUCAUGCCAUGCAUGGACCCUCCAAGAGAUGACACUGCCCAAACCGUCAACGAAGCUAGACGUCUAGGUUUGAGAGUUAAGAUGUUAACUGGUGAUGCUGUCGGUAUUGCUAAGGAGACUUGUCGCCAACUGGGAUUGGGUACCAACAUUUACAACGCUGAGAGACUAGGUCUAGGUGGCGGUGGUGACAUGCCAGGUUCCGAAUUGGCCGACUUCGUUGAGAACGCCGAUGGUUUCGCUGAAGUUUUCCCUCAACACAAAUACGCUGUCGUCGAGAUCUUGCAACAGAGAGGUUACUUGGUUGCCAUGACUGGUGACGGUGUUAACGACGCCCCAUCUUUGAAGAAGGCCGACACUGGUAUUGCCGUUGAAGGUGCUACCGAUGCUGCCCGUUCUGCCGCUGAUAUUGUUUUCUUGGCCCCAGGUUUGUCUGCUAUCAUUGACGCCCUGAAGACCUCCAGACAGAUUUUCCACAGAAUGUACUCCUACGUUGUCUACCGUAUCGCUUUGUCUCUUCACUUGGAAAUCUUCUUGGGUCUAUGGAUCGCUAUCUUGAACAACUCCCUGGACAUUGACUUGAUUGUUUUCAUUGCCAUUUUCGCUGAUGUUGCUACUUUGGCUAUUGCUUACGACAACGCUCCAUUCGACCAAAAGCCAGUCAAGUGGAACUUGCCAAGAUUAUGGGGUAUGUCCAUUAUCCUAGGUGUUAUUUUGGCUGUCGGUACCUGGUUGACUUUGACUUUCAUGUUCGUUCCAAAGGGUGGUAUCAUCCAGAACUUCGGUUCUAUUGACGGUGUUCUGUUCUUGCAGAUCUCCUUGACUGAGAACUGGUUGAUUUUCAUCACCAGAGCUGUCGGUCCAUUCUGGUCUUCUAUCCCAUCUUGGCAAUUGUCUGGCGCUGUGUUCAUCGUUGACAUCAUCGCCACUAUGUUCUGUCUGUUCGGCUGGUGGUCUCAGAACUGGAACGACAUCGUUACUGUCGUCCGUGUCUGGGUUUUCUCUUUCGGUGUUUUCUGCGUCUUGGGUGGUGCUUACUACCUGAUGUCUGGCUCCGUUGCCUUCGACAGAUUGAUGAACGGUAAGCCAAUGAAGGAGAAGCCACCAACCAGAUCCGUUGAGGACUUCCUUGUUGCCAUGCAGAGAGUCUCUACUCAACACGAGAAGGGCAACUAA